AUGUCGGUUCCGGAGAAGGAAGCUUAUUCAUCCUUACUUGUCCCAAUGCUAUUGAGAUCAGCAAAUUACCAACAAGGGAGUACGAACCGCCUUUCUCUAGAAUACCUCUUCCAUAAAGCGGUCAAGUCAAGGAGAACAGAUAUGAUCCAGCUUUUGCAAUCUAAAGGAGCAGAUAUUGGUGCCCUCAUUGAAGGGAAGUCAGCCCUGUACCUUGCGGCCGAACGUGGAGAUUCCGAAAUCGCAAAGGUCCUUUUAGAACUUGGUCUCAACAACGACGCCAAAACAAAUACUCAGGACCACCAGACGGCAUUACAAGUAGCUGCUCUCUGUGGACACCUUGGUGUAGUUCAACUACUCCUAAGUCAUAAGGUCGACGUGAAUUCCACCGGGUAUCCCCCCAACAGGCAGACAGCAAUACAAGCGGCUGCCUCUUCCGGGAAUAUUCACAUUGUGGAACUAAUGUUGGAUCACGGAGCGGAGAUCAACGGUCCACUAGAUCAGGAAGAAGGCCGUACAGCGUUGCAGGCCGCUGCUCAAUUUGGGAACGAUGUCAGGAUAAUAAAGCUCUUGUUAGAGCGCGGUGCAGAGAUCAACGCCAAUCCAAGUAAUUACUUUGGUCGAACGGCGUUGCAGGCGGCUUGGCCAGCCAGCCGUGGUGGUCGAACGGCAUUGCAGGCGGCAUGUGAAGGCGGGCAUUUGGCUGUGGUUAAGAUACUGCUAGAGCAUGCCGCCAACGUCUCCGCAGAGCCGUCGAAGGAGGCUGGGGUAGCGGCAUUGGAAGCAGCGGCUGGCAGUGGAAAUCUCGACAUUUUGAAUCUGCUCCUGGGGAAUGGAGUCAAGCCUACUCAUUUGGUUCUAACUGCCGCAGCUCGAGGUGGCCACAUUGAUAUUGUCAAGUUCCUUCUAGACCUGAGAAUUGAUCGCGGCGUCGAAGCAGACUACAAGGACGGCCUGAUCCCAACCCCCAUGCAAGUAGCUUCGCGAGCUGGGCAUCUUGAUAUCGUGAAGAUUAUGUUUUCUCAUGGGUUUAGUUGCUGCGAACCAGCAAAAGAAUAUGGUCGAACGGCCUUGCAAGCGGCUGCGGAGGGUGGCUAUAUUGAUAUUGCAAGGUUUCUGGUGUCAAACGGGGCAUCUGUGCAUGAGAAUCCCAGCUCCUUCAGUGGAAGAGCAGCAAUCCAAGCGGCAGCAGAGAGAGGGCGCACCGAGAUGGUUCGUUUUCUUUUGGGACACGGUGCCUUUGUCGACACUCUUCCCGGCAAGUCGGAUGGCCGGACACCAAUACAAGCUGCUGUCGAGAACGGGCAUGUCGAGAUUAUCAAGAUACUCCUGGUCAACAGAGUUGAUCUCAUGAGUUGGGAUUAUACCUCCACAUCGCUGAAUCGACCCCCACGCAAAAUAUUACAAAUCGCUGCUGGGAGUGGAUAUAUUGGCGUCAUGCAGCUUCUACUGGAAAACGGGCUUAAUAUCAACCCUCCGGAUAAUAGUUACCAUUCGUCAGUAUUUGCAGCGGCGGCGGAAAAAGGGGAUAUCUCCAUGGUCAGGUUCCUGUUGAGUAAGGGAGCAGACCCUUCUCCGGAUCUAGUUGCGACCCAUGACCCUAGGAUAAUCUCGCCAUUGAAGGCCGCCCUCCUCGAGCACGGUGCUCCUGUCAACAUCCCUAGCACCGCUUCUUCGCCCCCGCCUGUGCUGCAGAUAGCUGCUCGAGAAGGACACACAGAGUUGGUCAGAAUCUUCUUGGGGCGAGGGGCCGAGAUCAAUACCAAUACCCCAUAUGCAAUCGAACAGACACCAUUGGAAGCUGCAGUUGAAGGCGGCCAUGUCGAAACUGUCAAGGUACUUCUCGAGAACGGUGCACGCCCUAACAAUCAACAGGCAGAAAUAUUCGGCUAUUCCAAACAGACCCCACUACUUUCAGCAAUUUUGGGCGGGUCCCUGGAUCUCGUAAAGUUACUUUUGCAAAACGGUGCCUCUGUCAAAUCGUCAACUCCUGCGCUGGAAACACCACUCAUUGGAGGUCGCGGCUUCGCUGGGCAAUAUCGAGAUCGUCAGGCUAUUCUUGGCGAACUAGGCCGAUGUAGGGCUCCAAACCCAGGCUAUGGAAAUCAGCCAUUACAAACGGCGGCCCGAUGUGGACAUCGCGACAUCGUGGACCUACUUUUGCAAAGCAGAGCGGAGAUAAACGCGAGUCCAUGUAACAGUUUUGGUCGCACGGCACUACAGGCUGCAGCCGAGUAUGGAGAUCAUGAUGUCGUGGAAUUACUUGUGGAGAGAAUGGCUGAUGUUAACGCCGAACCCGCAAUAAGAGGUGGUCGCACGGCAUUACAGGCUGCAGCUGGGGGUGGACAUCUUGAGGUUGUAGAAAUACUUUUACAGAGGAAAGCUGAAGUUAACGCGGAAGCUGCAAAAAUGGAAGGUCGGACUGCGUUGCAGGCGGCGGCUGAGGCUGGACAUACAGAGAUGGUGAAGCAUUUACUCGCUCUAGGUGCUUCUAUCAAUGUUACCGCAGCUCACACAUCCGGUCGGACUGCAUUGCAAGCCGCAGCGGGGAAUGGCCAUAUCGAAACCGUCGAGCUACUUUUGCAACACGGUGCUGAUAUCAACGCCCCAGGUGCUAUCGAUGGUGGUCAAAUGGCAUUACAAGCUGCAGUUGAUAAGGGGCAUGUCGAGAUCGUGAAAAUCUUCCUACAGCACGGGGCAGAUGUUGACGUUGAGCCAUCGAUGUCUGAUCACCGAAGCGCUCUGGAGAUAGCCAGGUGCAAUCAGCACAACGAACUUGUGGAUAUUCUUACAAAGUCGUCGACAGCGCCUGAACCUCGCGAUGAACAUAUGCACAGCACCCCCAACGCGAACAUUGACCCUAAGGCGAACAUCAAACCCAGUGAUCAACCGAAUCUUGCGAACGCCACCACAGAUUUAGAAAUGCAUGCUAAUACAGCCCUGAAUGUAAAGUAA